UGGUUCAUUCAUGGGUAAGGGUGAGUCCAGUGAGUGGGUGUGUCAUCAUCAUCACUGGCUUCUGUUUCUGAAAAUUAGUUCAUAAGAAUCGUUUAAUUAGGUCACCCAAUCGAAUAGAACCCUAACGCUAAAUUCACCCGACAUUGUUGAGGUUGAGGCAUGGAUUCUCAGGUUGCAGUAGCUCUUGCUCUUUCACUUGUUGGUGGUGUCAGCACUUCUCUCGGUGCGCUUUUUGUGAUUGUCAAUCAAACUCCCAAUUUGAAGAUGCUCGGGUUACUACAGGGUUUUGCUGCUGGUUUGAUGCUCAGCAUAUCGUUCUUUGAUUUGGCUCACAAUGCUUUGAACUCACUGGGCUUCUUGAAAGGCAACCUUUGGUUUUUUGCUGGGGUGAUAUUCUUUGGUGUUGUGGCCAGUUUUAUCCCAGAGCCAACUCUUGCUCCCACUUCUGAUGUCAAGGGCAGAAAGAAAAAUGGAGAUGAAGGAGGCAAGGAUACUAUGAAAAAGCAUCGCCGGCAGGUUUUAUUCAGUGGAAUUGUUACAGCCGUAGGCAUAAGUUUGCACAAUUUUCCAGAAGGAAUGGCAGUGUUCCUUGGAUCCAUGAAGGGCCUCCGUGUUGGCAUCAACUUGGCAUUGGCCAUUGCUUUGCACAAUAUCCCAGAGGGUGUUGCUGUUGCACUACCUGUUUAUUUUGCGACACAAAGUAAAUGGCAGGCAUUCAAAUUAGCAUCACUUUCUGGCUUUGCUGAACCCCUGGGAGUGAUAAUUGUAGCCUAUCUAUUCCCUAGCAGCUUAAGCCCUGAGAUUCUGGAAGGUUUACUCGGAUCAGUUGGUGGAGUUAUGGCUUUUUUGACGCUUCAUGAAAUGUUGCCUCUGGCUUUUGAUUAUGCCGGACAGAAGCAAUCUGUUAAGGCUGUCUUUUUGGGGAUGGCUUUCAUGUCUGCAAGCCUGUAUUUUCUAAGUAUCAGCUUACCUGAGGACUUGAGCUUGUAGCAAAAUUCCUUCAGAAGGGGUCUGAGAGUGCGAAAGGAACAGUAAUGCACAGUUAAUCUGUCUAGGAUAGCAAUCAAUCAGACAUCAGUGUAGAGGGAUGCAUUCCACCUAUGAUUGUGGAUUUUCCUAUAGACUAAUGUACAAAAAAACAAGAAUAAGAUUAUCCCCCUUUGAUUCUUUAACCGAACCACCUUGUAUACUGUGUAUCAUCAACGAAGAUUGGACUUUUAAAAUUGCACAAUUUGCUGA